GUUCGAAAGCUUAAGUGUAUGCUGCAUUUGACAUAUUUUAGUUGUCAGCCGUCAUUUAAUUUGUACUAACAUUUUUGCUUGGCUGUCGAUAAUACUUUUAGUAGCUGCAGCUGCUUGCGCUGCUCUCUCUUGAGCAAAAGCAACAACUAAGCAAAGCUUAACAACUGGUAACAAGCCAACCAAGCAAAGCAGCAAAAGGAACUAAAUUAACGCAUGCGCAGCAGUAACAACAAAAGAGCGAGCCUUGCACAGUGGUGUGCAGUUCAUUGUUAUGAUGAUGUCACUUGAAAACUCAAAAUAAGUAUUAUAAGAACUUUAAAUAAGUAUUGUCAAAAGCGCAACUCAAAGCUGUUAAAAGUUAACAGCAUGUUAAGCCGCUGGGAUAUGUUAGCAAUUGGGCAACACUGUUGCUGUCAGCAGCGCAACAGCAGCAGCAGCAGUCGAAAGAAACAGCAGCCAAAUAACAGUAAACAAAACGCAGCAGCACGCUUAACGUAACGUCGUCGGCGACGCUGCGCUGCUGGCGCUGUCCUAUCAGUUAAUGUCUGGCGCCAAAGUGAACUGGAGCAACGUAAAUGCGACAGCAGCACUUCGUUGAGAGCGAGAGAGCUAGCCAGCGAGCGAGAGAGCUGCAGAGAGAGAGCGCGCCAAGCUGCAAAAACGUUGACUGAGGGAGCCACACACACAAUAUUUGAGAGCGUUUGCGAGUUGAGAUUGAUGUAAAUUGGGCCCGCACAGAAUUUUCGUAUUGGGCGCUCAGUGCUCAACUUGUCGUCGUGCUGUGCUAAAGUGCUUGUCCCCAAAGUUGGGCACAUGCUUAGCCUCAGUGCUCAGUCGCCCACUUUGUCGCCCGCAAGCUGCUCUGCUGCUCAGCUGCUGCUGCAGUGCGUAAGCGAAAUUGCCGCCGGUUGUAAAUUGGAAAAGCAAAUUGUUUUGCAUAAUAUGUUGGGCAAAUAAAAUUCAAAUGUAUGAACAACAACAAUAACAAACACAAUAGUAACACACUGUGUGAAUCUAAUUAACAGUUUAGUGUACUCAUAAAAAAAAAAACAAAAUAAAUAAAUAACAGAAGAAGAAGCACAAGAAUAAUAUAAACAUAUACAGCGUGUGUUAUCAGUGAGCAACCAAAAGCAAAAGCAGCGCACAAACAAAUACUUAAAAAUCUAAAGCCAAAGGCAAAUCGAGACAAAAUGUGCAUGACGUCGACGCCAACGCCAGCGCACGUGUGUUUUACUAGUUAAACCAAUAAGAAUGACGAAUUAAAAGCGCACACACUAAAAUAAAACAGGCAAACGCUCAACUUCGCAGGAUUACGAUGCAUAUAAUGGCAGUUAGCCAUUGGCAAUUGGACUCCAAGUGUGCUGCUAUAUCAAUUAUAUAUUCGAGUGGGGCAACUGCACGUCGAUGUUGAUUAGUAACUAAGCUCGUAAAGCAGGCAACAGGUGCGUCUCAAGUUUUAUUGCUGGCCAAGUACGUGACACAGCGUUAAGCAUUUGGGGCUUUGAGUGCGAUGCUUUAAAUUUGAAGUGCUACAGAAAUUAUUUUGAGAACUAUGACGGAUGUGUCGUCGGCCGAGAUUGGCGCCUGCGAGCGAGCAAAAGUUCCGCCCGAGGCGCCCAGCAGCCAGACGGCAGCCAAAGCUGCAGCCCCGUCCAGCAAACCGCUAACCAAUGGCGCCAAACAGACGACGCCAGCAUCAACAUCAACAGCAGCAGCAGCAGCAUCAGCAACGGCUGCUGCCACCACAAGCAAUCAAACUAAAUUGGAGCGUCACAUGCAGAGCAACAAUAAUCAAGCCGCAGCCGCAGAGAUGCCUGCCAUGGUUACAGCAAAGCCGGCCACGCCCACACCAGCCGCACCUGUGAGCAGCAGCAGCUCAAGUUCUGCUGCUUUGACAGCGGGCAGCAAGUGCAGCAGCAGCAAGGCCACACAACAAGAUGUGGACGAUGUGGCACGUCUGUUCGAGGAGAAGCCGGAGGCAUUUGAGAAGUGGCUAACGGAACGCGCGCCACCGGAGGCGCUAAGUCGCCUGCACGAGUUCAUUGAGACUCGCAAACCGCCAAAGCGGCCAUCAGUUACCUCGGAUUUGUUUCAACAAUGGAUGGCCGCCUCGCCCACCGUGCAACAGAAAUCGCCGCGCAGGCUUUCGAAUACAUCGGUGCAGGCGCUGCCCGAGAGCCGACGACACUUGAUGGAUCUGGAUGAGGGCGAGCUCUUUAUGGAGCUCAUACGCGACGUGGCCAACGAGCUGGACAUUGAUGUGCUCUGCCACAAGAUAUUGGUCAACGUUGGCCUGCUAACCCAUGCGGAUCGUGGCUCGCUCUUUCUAGCCAAGGGCACGCCCAACAACAAGUACCUGGUGGCCAAGCUCUUUGACGUUACACAAAACACAGCACUCAAGGAUGCGGUGAAGCGGGCGCGCGCCGAGGAGAUUAUCAUACCGUUCGGCAUUGGCAUUGCCGGCAUGGUGGCCCAGACAAAGGAGAUGAUUAACAUCAAGGAGGCGUACCAAGAUGCGCGCUUCAAUUGCGAAAUCGAUCUCAAGACCGGCUAUAAAACGAAUGCCAUACUCUGCAUGCCAAUUUGCAACUACGAGGGCGACAUUAUAGGCGUGGCACAAAUCAUUAACAAAACCAAUGGCUGCAUGGAAUUCGAUGAGCACGAUGUGGAAAUCUUUCGCAGAUAUUUAACAUUCUGCGGCAUUGGCAUACAAAAUGCGCAGCUCUUCGAGAUGUCCGUGCAGGAGUACAGACGCAAUCAAAUCCUUUUGAAUCUCGCACGCAGCAUCUUCGAGGAGCAAAACAAUCUCGAGUGUCUCGUUACCAAAAUCAUGACCGAGGCGCGCGAGCUGCUCAAAUGCGAACGCUGCUCGGUGUUCCUAGUCGAUCUGGACUGUUGCGAGGAGAGCCAUCUGGAGAAGAUAAUCGAGAAGCCGCAGUCGGCGGAGCAGCGCAACAGUCGCGCCAUUAAGGCCGGCGAUAGCUUUGAGGAAAAGCAGAAGAUGCGCAAUCGCUUUACGGUGCUCUUCGAGCUUGGCGGCGAGAGUCAGGCCGCCAAUGUUUCACGUCCCACACACAACGAGCUGAACACUUCGGCUCUGGCGCAGAUUGCACAAUUUGUGGCCACCACCGGGCAAACGGUCAACAUAUGCGAUGUCCUGGAAUGGGUGCGGGAGCAUCAUCAGAUACGCGCCGAAGGCGAGAUUGAUGGCACUCAUGCCAUACUCUGCAUGCCCAUUGUGAAUGCCCAAAAGACAGUCAUAGGCGUUGCCCAGCUGAUAAAUAAGGCAAAUGGCCUGCCCUUCACCGACUCGGAUGCCUCCAUUUUCGAGGCAUUCGCCAUAUUCUGUGGCCUGGGCAUACAUAAUACGCAGAUGUACGAGAAUGCCUGCAAACUAAUGGCCAAACAGAAAGUGGCCCUCGAGUGCUUGAGCUAUCAUGCCACUGCAAGUCUCGAGCAGACGGAGAAACUGGCACAGGAUGCCAUUGCCGAGGCGGAGUCCUAUAAUCUGUACAGUUUUACAUUCACAGAUUUUGAUCUGGUGGAUGACGACACCAGUCGCGCUGUGCUGCGCAUGUUUAUGCAAUGUAAUCUAGUAUCGCAAUUUCACAUUCCAUACGAUGUGCUUUGCCGCUGGGUGUUGAGCGUGCGUAAGAAUUAUCGCCCGGUCAAGUAUCACAACUGGCGGCAUGCACUGAAUGUGGCACAGACUAUGUUUGCCAUGUUGAAAACGGGCAAGAUGGAGCGUUUUAUGACAGAUCUGGAAAUAUUGGGACUGCUGGUGGCUUGCUUAUGCCACGAUUUGGAUCAUCGCGGCACCAACAACGCUUUUCAAACCAAAACUGAAUCACCAUUGGCCAUACUAUAUACGACUAGCACCAUGGAGCAUCAUCAUUUCGAUCAGUGUGUCAUGAUACUCAACUCGGAGGGCAACAAUAUAUUCCAGGCUCUAUCGCCAGAGGAUUAUCGUUGUGUGAUGAAGACUGUUGAAAGCGCAAUACUUUCCACCGAUUUGGCCAUGUACUUUAAGAAGCGCAAUGCAUUUCUAGAGCUCGUAGAGAAUGGUGAAUUCGAUUGGCAGGGCGAGGAGAAGAAAGAUUUGCUCUGCGGCAUGAUGAUGACCGCUUGCGAUGUUAGCGCUAUAGCUAAGCCCUGGGAGGUGCAACAUCGUGUGGCCAAGCUGGUGGCCGAUGAAUUCUUUGAUCAGGGCGAUCUGGAGAAGCUGCAACUCAACACUCAGCCUGUAGCUAUGAUGGAUAGGGAGCGCAAGGAUGAGCUGCCCAAGAUGCAGGUGGGCUUCAUUGAUGUCAUCUGCUUGCCGCUGUAUCGCGUGCUCUGCGAUACUUUUCCCUGGAUUACUCCGCUGUACGAGGGCACGCUGGAGAAUCGACGCAACUGGCAGGACCUGGCGGAGAAGGUGGAAAUGGGGCUGACCUGGAUUGAUCAUGAUACCAUUGACAAGCCUGUGGAGGAGUUUGCCGGCUGUGCCGAUGAGGAGAUUAAGGACAUUGAGUUUACUGUCACCACGCUCAAUUGCAAUCAAGGCGGUGCUGCUGCUGGUGGCGAGCAUGAGCAUACGCCGGAGCAUCAACGCAGCAGCGGCUCACGUUUGAGCAUUAAGAAGACCGGCGCCUUGGGCAAGGUGGUGCGCUCGAAACUCUCCAAGACGCUGUAUAACAGCAUGGAUGGCUCCAAGCCAAAGACGUCGCUAAAGCUGCUCGAGUCGCAUGUGAGUGAGGAUAUGGACGACAAGAGUCCGACGAGUCCGUCACAGCCGCAGUCUGGCAGCGUGGGACGCAUGUCCGCAUCCUCCUCCACCUCAUCCGCUGGCACUGUGGUGGACAAAACCAAGAAGCGCUCCAAGCUGUGCUCGCUGUUAUGACGAAAGCCCUCCAAUUAGAGUUUAGUGACCUCCUCCAAUGCUGCGGGCAGCCUGGAUGCUGACAAAAGCGGAGGGGGGCAGACUGAAUUCUAAUUGGACGGUUCUCUAUUUUUUGCUAACUUUGACUGGGCAGUGUGCAAAGCAACGGACGCCAGUCGAAUGUAGAAAACAACUAAACAUGCGAAACGAGUAUAAAUACGAUAUAUAUGAUAAACAAUACUUUUGUUGCUAUUAAACCCACACACACACACACAUACAAACAAUGAAUUGCAAUAUUAUAACUAAGUGAAUGUCAAAUCAUGUGAUCUAUUUAAGGUCCUUAGGGUCAAAGCCUACGAGCAAGCGACCUUUUGGUAUGUACUCCUUCUCUCUCUUACGCUCUCUCCCUCUCUCUCUCUCUUUGUCUUUUGAAACUAAGCUUCUAAGUGUUUGGUACUCGCACUUGCAACAAAAUAUAAACGUAUAUUAUAAAAUGCUUAAGUAGUGUUUUCAAAACCAAAACAAAUUACAAUGUGCUAGUCAAACGUAUAAAAUACCAGCUAUAGUUAAAUAAUAUAUACAGUUUACUAUAUACAUACGUGUAAGCUUAAAUACAAUAUGAGAGGCUAUGCAACAUUUAUUCAUAACUGUAAUUGCUUGCGAGUUUGUUGCAACUCAACUCAACACUCAACUAGUCCUGCAUGUGAUAAACUCAAACCACACACGUGUUGUACUCACCCAACUGCAAAAUGCUAAACUAACUGAACUAAAUAUUUAUUUAUAAAGUUUGUAGCACUUGAUGUAUAUGUAAAUGUAUGUAGAGCAGCGAAAAAAAUUGUGAAUAAACCAAAACUAUAGCAAUAUUAUAUGAUAUUUUAUGGCAUAGCUUAAAGUUAUUCUCAUAGACGUAAUAAGUACCAGCACACACAAGUUGAUUAACUAUAGCACACAUAUAUAUAUAUAUAUAUAUAAAUUGUCUGGUGUCAAUUUUGUCAAUUUUUGAAUCUAACUAGCACUUAUGCCGACACCGUUUAACUAUAGUUAAACUAGUAAGCUAUGCGUCAACUUUUUCGAAUAAAACCAAAAGCAAACUAAAACUAAACUCUGAAUGUUAAGCAAAGAAACUUACUUUACUGUAUGUGUAUUAAGCAAAACUAGUAUUUACUGUAGCCUAUUGCAAUCAUCAAUGUGUAUGUGCAACAAUUAAAAUUGUAAUUGUAACUGUAGUUGUUUAAUUAACUAAUUUAAACUAACUUCAAUAUAAUUUAUAACGCACACACACACACACAUGAGCAAUCAAAAUCCAGACAAUUUUAUGGCGAUUUGAUCGAGAAAGUUAUUUCAUUUCCAAUCAAUUCUUACACCCAAUUCUAG